AUGUCGUGGGAUUUUUUUGUACCCUUGUGCGUGGGCGACUUGGUCAAGAGCGGAGGGGUAAACCAGUACGUCGUGCAAGAUGUGGUUUCCCCUAAGCAGCUACCUUCCCAUCUAAACAGAUUCAAGACUGCGUUUAGAAGUCAAGGGCCUUUGUGCAUCUUGGAACACUUCGACACGGCUUACAGUGUAUUACAGCAUGCCAACACGGUGGAUCCCAUUUUGAAGGAGGACACUCUGGAUUUGCUGGUGCAAGUUGUUGGCAGCCUGUCAACAUCCCUGCCCUCGUUGCUCAUUUCGGCCUCGGUCUCUGCCGCCGAGCGAAAAGAAAAGCUCAAUGCUGUUAAAAUGAGCGUCUACUUGCUCUGUAAAAUCACCGAGAAUCUUGAAAGUGACUCUUACAGGCGGAGCUUCAUUGCGGCCCCUGGCAAGACCGGUAAAAAGGCCAAAACAGGCGAAGGACUCGUACAGUGGGACAACGAAAGGGAGAGAGUUCUUCAGGCGCUUCUGCACCUCCUCCAGUUAGACAUCCGUUCCCUCUGGAAUCUUUCGCUUGUAGAAGAGGAAUUCACCAGCUGUGUGACUUGUUGUUGCUACAAGCUUCUUGAGAAUCCCACCAUCGGCCACGUCAAGAGCAAGCCCACCAAAGAGGGUGUAAUCCAUCUGCUUGGGUUGCUGAUCAAAAAGUACAAUCACCUUCUAGGUGCAAGUGUAAAGGUUAUCCAGCUGCUGCAACAUUUUGAGCAGUUAUCAUCAGUGUUUGCCCAAGCUCUCUCUGUCUGGAGCACUGAAUAUGGAGUCAGAGCCAUCAUAGGGGAAGUAAUAAGAGAGAUUGGUCAGAAGUCAAGUGAGGAGCUUGCCAGAGAAGGUUCGGGAGUCAAAGCCUUUUCCACUUUCCUAUCUGAACUUGGUGCACUUGUACCAGAGUUACUGAUUCCUAACAUCAGUGUGCUUAUCACACACUUGGAAGGAGAGAGCCACACGAUGCGCGUGGCUGUGUGUGAGGUACUUGGGGAAAUACUGGUGCGCGUCCUGUGUGGAGACGGACUGCAAGAGUCGGGAAAAGCGGACCGCGACCGCUUCUUUGACAUCCUUCAGGAGCAUAUACACGACACACACUCUCAUGUCAGAACACGUGUGUUGCAGGUGUACACGCGUAUUGUCAACAGCAAGGCCUUGCCACUUUGUCGGUAUAGUGAGGUGAUGGGUCUCACGGUUGGAAGGCUGAUGGAUAAGUCGAUAAAUGUGGUGAAGAGUGCCAUCCAGCUGCUGGCAGCCUUCAUUGCACACAAUCCUUACAGCUGCAAGCUUAGCAGUGCGGAUCUGAAAAAACCUCUGGAGAAAGAGACGGCUAAGUUGCGGGAGAUGAAAGAGAAGCUGCAGGGUAGUGUACCUGUGGCAGUGAUUAAAGCGUCUGAGUUGUGGGCCGCCAUGGAACCUGAAUUGCACGGCACUGUCAACGUAGAGCUGGAGCACAUGGGUGAGUCUGAGAAGGAACAGGAGGAGGAGGACGACGAAGAGGAUGAGGAGAUGAUGGAUGACAGAGCCACAGCAGUGAUGAUUGCACAGUAUCUUCGGGUCAACAAAUACAGGAAUGCUGUGCGUCUCUGUAUGAAAGCUCACAGUCAGUUCCCUGAAUCAGAGCUGUUCGCUGCCCUGUCCACUCGCACUCCAGAGACACUAAUGGACACACUAGCCCUCAUCUUCAAAGGUUCUGACGAUGAUGCAUCCGAGCGCAGUCAGAGCUUACCCCCCACUCCACAAAAAGAAGGCAGUAAAGAGAUGGAGGAUGCUGAGCUCAAGAAGCAAGAGAUGUUGGUGCAGUACCUGAGAGACACUGAAACCUUCGCUCUCCAAGUGGAGAGGGCAAUAUCUGUCAUUAACUCCAUGCUUUACUGGAAAACAACUACAGUGGUUCAGGAAGCAGUCCAGUUUUGCGUCACUGUGUGUGAGUUCAGCGUUGCCAACUCGCUCAGCGGUGUGAGGAAGAUGUUGCCUCUGGUUUGGUCAACGGACGCUGCCAUCAAAGAUGCUGUCGUCCAGGCUUAUAGACGCCUCUAUCUCAACCCUCAAGGAGAAACCAACAGGAUAAAGGCACAGACACUUGUGGACAGUCUUUCUGAACUGAUGGUGGACGCAUCUCUAGGAACGAUUCAAUGUCUGGAGGAAAUAGUACAGGAGUUUUUUGGCAGUGGCAACAGUCUGGAGUCGACUGUGGUGCAGGUUCUUUGGGGGAGAUUUACAGGGAAAACUGAGACCUCGCCUUUGUACAAGCGAGCUGCCGUGGUCCUUCUGGGGAUGGCUGCACGGGCAGAAAGGAAGGUGGUCCUCAGCAAUUUGGACACUCUUUGUUCAGUGGGUUUGGGAGAGAAAGUGACGGACAACUUUCUUCUGGCCAGAGAUACAGUGAUCACCAUCUGCAGUAUUACUGACCACGUUAGGCAAUCAAAAGGUGCACCUUUUAGACUACCUCAAGAACAUCAGCUCUUCACUCGCCUCACACAAGCAGUUGCUGAAGGUGCUGUGAUGGAAGACCCUCACUGGCAGAGUUUCAUGGAGCAAGCUGUACGUCUCAUCUACUUUCUUGCUGAAUCCCCGGACCAGCUGUGCUCCCGGCUGCUCCAACGCACCGCUCGACUCCUGCUAGAUCAAAUUGUCGAAGGCGUUACGGUUAAUCAGGAUGACUCUCAAACACAAGAGGGCUCUCAGGAAUCUGGCGAACAGGUGAACUGUGUGUGCCUGGCUCAGUUGUUGGCCUUGUGCGGCAGCGUGGCCUUCUGGCAGGUGUCUCACCUGGAGCGCAGCGUGAGCAGUGAGCUGCGGAGGCGGAGAAGAGAGACUGAAGAGAGGGAGGAGAAGGAUAAGGGCCCAUCCAGCAAAAUAACUGCCAAUGAGAGCGCAAUGGAGGAGGAGCUGGGUUUAGUCGGCGCCUCCGCAGAAGACACGGAGGCCGAGCUCAUCAGGAAGAUCUGCGAGACAGAAUUAUUGGCCGAGGAGAACCUGCUGAGCGCAUUCCUUCCUUUACUGGUGAAAGUAUGCAGCGCCCCUGGACGCUAUUCCCACCCUCAGCUUACCGCCGCUGCCUGUCUGGCUCUCUCACAGUACAUGAUGAUUAGUCCAUCUGUUUGUGAGGAGAAUGCACGCCUCAUGUUUACGGUGCUGGAGCGCUCGUCUCUUCCUGUUGUCAGGGCCAAUGCCAUCAUUGCUCUGGGAGACCUCACUGUCCGCUUCCCCAACAUAUUGGCACCCUGGACCCAGAAUUUAUACGCCAGACUCAGUGACGAGGUCCCCUCGGUGAGGCAGACAGCCGUGACAGUGCUGACUCAAUUGGUGCUUAAGGAUGUGCUAAAGGUCAAAGGGCAAGUCAGUGAGGUGGCUGUGCUGCUAAUUGAUCCCGAGCCCCACAUCAUCAACCUGGCCCUGAACUUCUUCAACGAGCUGUCCUCCAAGGACAAUGCAAUUUACAACCUGCUACCGGACAUCAUCAGUCGACUGUCUGACCCGGAGAGAGGCAUGAGUUCAGAGGACUUCAAUACGAUCAUGAAGCAGCUUUUCUCCUACAUCACCAAGGAAAGGCAAAGUGAAUCUCUAGUGGAGAAAUUGUGUCAACGGUUCAGGACUGCAAGGACGGAGCGUCAGUGGUGCGACUUGGCUGUCUCGCUGUCCCUGCUGUCCAUGUGCGAGCGUGGCUUUAAGAGGCUGCAAGAAUGCUGGGAAUGCUACAGCGACAAGCUGACUGAGCCCGGUGUCUACCAGCCUCUUCUUGCCGUAACGGCAAAGCUGCGCCGUGGAGCCAAAAUCCAAUUCAAGAGCCAAGUGGACGAGUUUGAGAAGCGCCUGACUGCAGUCCACACGCGAGGCCUGGAGAACGUGGAGAGUCCCGAGAUGGAUGAAGAAAAUCAAGAAGACGCUGAUAAAACGGUCUCUCGCACACCGAGAGGUCAAGCCAAAUCAAAAAGAGGUCUCGACGACAGUUUUGUCACGCCUCGGAAAACUCGCAAGUCAAAGAAACGCAUCAUCACCUUCAACAGUGAUGAAGAGAUUUCUGAAGAAGAUGCUGUGUUGUCGGAAAGCGAGACCCCGAAAGUCACGACGCCGAUUGCCCGCACUUCUCGACGAGCUCGCCUCAGAAACUAA